AUGAGAUCUAUGUCUGUUGUUGCGCGGUGGCGGCCUCUGGAAGACAUGGAAAGCGCUCGGGGAGAGGUUACGCGAACGACAACAUCCGUUGACAAGAAUGGGCUCGUGCUGUCGUCUGUGUCCAUCUCUGACCCGACGCACGCAGGCCCAAAAAUUCCAUCGUGGACGAGCCCGCAUGCGUUUCGCCACAUCCUCGUACCACACGACGACAACCAGUGCGUCUACGACGCCGUCGUUGCGCCCACCCUGCCCCGUGUCCUGGAGGGGGGCCGGUGCAGCUUUUUCGCCUAUGGCCAUUCCGGCAGCGGCAAGACGCAUACCAUUAUCGGGUACGACGGCAAGACCGAGGCCGGGGUGUGCCUGAUGGCAGCGCAGCAGCUGUUUGAGGCGAUCGCAGCGCGCAACAACGACACCGGCACCGGCACAAGCGGCGAGCGUCUCGGCAUUGGUUUCCGUCUCUUUGAGAUGCGCAAACGGUCGGCCUUUGACCUGCUCAACCACCACAAAGAGUGCCACGUCCGCCAAGGCGCCGACGGCAAGGUCCAUAUUCGCGGCGAGACAGAGAUGCUCGCGGACGGCAAAGUACGCGUCUGCCCGAUCGUCCAGCGCGUCUGCUGGUCGUUUGACGAGCUGCACCACGGCCUCACCGAGGCGCUGGCCGGCCGCGCCGUCGGCUCGUCGAGCGUGCACGACCAGAGCUCGCGCACCCACGCCAUCCUCGAGCUCGAGAUUGUCUGCGCGACGCUCGUCGCGGCGCGCCAGGCGGUGAUCGAGUGGCAGUCGGAACUCGUCCCCGUCGGCAAGCGCGCGACGGACAUUAUGAUCGAGGAGCAGGGCAAGGGGAUUCUGAGGCUGCCCGGCGGCGGAUGGAAGCGCAAUCCCGACUACACGGUCAACCAGGCACGGAUCGAUGAGGCCGAGGCCGAAAAGAACGAGUACGAAGCGCGCGUUGCGGCAGCCGAGGAGCACGUUGACGCCAUCCUUACGGACGACCGUGCGGCCGCCUGUCUGGGAGGCAAGAUGGUCUUUGUCGACCUUGCUGGCGCCGAAUACCAUCAUGACAAGACCGCGUCGGAGCCGAAACAGCCCAUCGUCCGCCAGACACCCCAGGAGCGGCAGGAAGGGCAGCAAAUCAACACCGACCUGCUGGCACUAAAGGAGGUGAUGCGUGCAUGGUCGGCCAACCAGCCCAGAAUACCGUUCCGCUCGUCGACACUGACCAUGGUCCUUCGCGAGCAUUUCGUGGCGUCCGAGGACAGUGACUCGACCAUGAUCGUCACGGUGUCGCCAUCGAGCGGGCAGUAUGCAGCCACUCUGAACUCCCUCAAAUACGGAAGUUUGGUCGGAGCCGUCACGCCAUGA